AACUAGAAACCCUACCCUAUAUAAGUCUCUUGUAGUCUUUCUUCGCCUAGAAUUAGGGUUUUAAGCACCAGCCGGCGACACAGAGAGAAGCAGAUUCUCGAACCUUAGUCCAUUUUCGUAGGCCGUAGCUUGAAAAUCUCUACUCUCGUCAAUCAUGGGGAAGACACGUGGUAUGGGAGCUGCUCGCAAGCUCAAGUCCCACCGCAGAAGGCAAAGAUGGUCUGACAAGCAAUACAAGAAGUCUCACCUUGGAAAUGAAUGGAAGAAGCCAUUCGCUGGUUCAUCCCAUGCUAAGGGAAUUGUCCUCGAGAAGAUCGGUAUUGAGGCAAAACAGCCAAACUCCGCUAUUCGUAAGUGUGCUAGAGUUCAAUUGAUUAAGAACGGGAAGAAGAUUGCAGCUUUCGUCCCCAAUGAUGGUUGUUUGAACUUCAUUGAAGAGAAUGAUGAAGUUUUGAUUGCUGGAUUUGGACGUAAGGGUCACGCCGUUGGAGAUAUUCCGGGAGUUCGUUUCAAGGUUGUGAAGGUGGCAGGUGUAUCUUUACUUGCUUUGUUUAAGGAGAAGAAGGAAAAGCCAAGGUCUUAAACUUAAGGAAUGUCUAGGACACAUACUGCAUAGCAGUAUUGUGUUCCUGCAGUUUGAGAAAUAGUGGUGGAACUGUGUUAUCAAGCUGUUAUUGUGGACUUUGUUUCGGUUUAUUUCAACUACAAUGUAUUAGUGAUUAUGCAACAUCAGUUUUGAAGCUACAAAUUUACUUUUUUUUGUUGCCUAAAUAUUUUGUGCAAUUUGUUUCCA